GGAGCCGCGGCCCCAGCGGCCGGAGGGGCGCCAGGAGCCUCCCACGGGGCGCGGAGGCCGGGCGGGCCCGGGCCAUGCGCGCCGCUCGCUAAGGCCGAGGGAGGCCGCGAUGGAGGUGCCGGCGGGGGAGUCCCCGGCUCGGGGCUGCGGCCCCCCGCCUGCUCCCGCUCCGGAGAGGAAGAAGAGCCACCGCGCGCCGUCGCCGGCCCGGCCCAAGGACGUGGCCGGCUGGUCGCUGGCCAAGGGCCGCCGCGGCCCAGGCCCGGGCUCAGCAGCCGCCUGCAGCGCCGCGUCCUCGGCGCGGCCCGACAAGAAGGGGCGUGCGGUGGCGUCCGGGGCGCGGGGCUCAGGGACCCGGGUGGCCGGUGUCCGCACUGGGGUCCGCGCCAAGGGCCGUCCGCGCCCGGGUACCGGGCCGCGACCGCCGCCACCGCCGCCCAGCCUCACCGACAGCAGCUCGGAGGUGUCGGACUGCGCGUCGGAGGAGGCGCGCCUGCUGGGCCUGGAGCUGGCGCUGAGCAGCGACGCUGAGUCGGCGGCCGGGGGCCCGGCGGGGGCCCGCACCGGGCAGCCGUCCCAGCCUGCGCCGUCCGCACAACAGCCUCCGCGGCCCCCCGCCUCCCCCGAGGAGCCGUCGGUGGCCGCGUCGUCGGUGGGGAGCAGCCGCCUGCCACUCAGUGCCUCGCUCGCCUUCUCCGACCUCACCGAGGAGAUGCUGGACUGCGGGCCCGGCGGCUUCGUGCGAGAGCUGGAGGAGCUGCGCUCAGAAAACGACUAUCUCAAGGACGAGAUUGAGGAGCUGCGGGCAGAGAUGCUGGAGAUGCGGGACGUCUAUAUGGAGGAGGAUGUGUACCAGCUGCAGGAGCUGCGGCAGCAGCUGGACCAGGCCAGCAAGACCUGUCGCAUCCUGCAGUACCGGCUGCGCAAGGCUGAGCGCCGCAGCCUCCGCGCUGCCCAGACUGGCCAGGUGGAUGGCGAGCUCAUCCGUGGCCUGGAGCAGGACGUCAAGGUCUCUAAGGACAUCUCCGUGCGGCUGCAUAAAGAGCUCGAGGCGGUGGAGAAGAAACGGGCGAGGCUGGAGGAGGAGAAUGAGGAGCUUCGGCAGCGGCUCAUUGAGACCGAGCUGGCCAAGCAGGUGCUGCAGACAGAGCUGGAGCGGCCGAGAGAGCAUUCCUUGAAGAAAAGAGGAACCCGCUCCCUUGGGAAGACGGACAAGAAACCUUCCAUGCAGGAGGACAGUGCCGACCUGAAGUGCCAGCUGCACUUUGCAAAGGAGGAGUCGGCCCUCAUGUGCAAGAAGCUCACCAAGCUGGCCAAGGAGAAUGACGGCAUGAAGGAGGAGCUGCUCAAGUACCGCUCGCUCUACGGGGACCUGGAUGGCGCCCUGUCGGCCGAGGAGCUGGCGGACGCACCCCACUCGCGGGAGACCGAGCUCAAGGUUCAUCUGAAGCUGGUGGAGGAGGAAGCCAACCUGCUGAGCCGCCGCAUCGUGGAGCUGGAGGUGGAAAACCGCGGCCUGCGGGCCGAGAUGGACGACAUGAAGGACCACGGCGGCGGCUGCGGGGGCCCCGAGGCCCGCCUGGCUUUCUCCGCUCUGGGCGGCAGCGGCGGCGAGUGCGGGGAGAGCUUGGCGGAGCUGCGGCGACACCUGCAGUUCGUGGAGGAGGAGGCUGAGCUGCUCCGGCGCUCCUCAGCCGAGCUGGAGGACCAGAACAAGCUGCUGCUGAGCGAGCUGGCCAAGUACCGCUCGGAGCACGAGCUGGACGUGACGCUGUCGGAGGACAGCUGCUCCGUGCUCAGCGAGCCCUCGCAGGAGGAGCUGGCAGCCGCCAAGCUGCAGAUCGGCGAGCUCAGCGGCAAGGUCAAGAAGCUGCAGUACGAGAACCGGGUGCUCCUCUCCAACCUCCAGCGCUGUGACCUCGCCUCCUGCCAGAGCACGCGGCCGAUGCUGGAGACGGACGCCGAGGCCGGGGACUCGGCCCAGUGUGUGCCCGCGGCCCUCGGCGAGGCCCACGGACCCCACACCGCCCGGCUCUGCAGGGCCCGGGAGGCCGAGGCGCUGCCGGGGCUGAGGGAGCAGGCCGUCCUGGUCAGCAAGGCCAUCGACGUCCUGGUGGCCGAUGCCAACGGCUUCACGGGCGGCCUCCGCCCGUAUCUGGACAACGAGUGUGCCGACUUUCGGCUGCACGAGGCCCCCGGCAACAACAGCGAGGGCCCCAGGGACACCAAGCUGAUCCACGCCCUCCUGGUGCGGCUGAGCUUGCUCCAGCAGGAGCUCCACGCCUUCACGCGGAAGGCGGACUCGGUCCUCGGGGACCCCAACAAGGAGCAGCCAGAGCCCUUCUCGACGCUGCCCGCCUUGGGCUCCCAGGGACCCUCCAAGGAGAUUCUUCUGGCCAAAGACCUUGGCUCAGACUUCCAGGUGCAGCCACCUGACCUCAGGGACCUGCCGGAAUGGGAGCCCAGGAUACGAGAGGCCUUCCGCAGCGGCGACCUGGACUCCAAGCCCGACCCCAGCCGGAGCUUCAGGCCUUACCGAGCUGAAGACAGUGAUUCCUAUGCCUCUGAGAUCAAGGAGCUGCAGCUCGUGCUGGCCGAAGCACAUGACAGCCUCCGGGGCCUGCAAGAGCAGCUCUCCCAGGAGCGGCAGCUGCGGAAGGAGGAGGCUGAAAACUUCAACCAGAAAGUGGUGCAGCUGAAGGAGGACCAGCAGAGGGCGCUCCUGCGGCGGGAGUUUGAGCUGCAGAGUCUGAGCCUGCAGCGGAGGCUGGAGCAGAAAUUCUGGAGCCAGGAGAAGAACAUGUUGGUUCAGGAGUCCCAGCAGUUCAAGCACAACUUCCUCCUGCUCUUCAUGAAGCUCAGGUGGUUCCUCAAGCGCUGGCGGCAGGGCAAGGUUUUGCCCAGCGAGGGAGAUGACUUCCUUGAGGUAAAUAGCAUGAAGGAGCUGUACCUGCUAAUGGAGGAAGAAGAAUUAAACGCCCAGCAUUCUGAUAACAAGACCUGCACGGGGGACAGCUGGACCCAAAACACGCCCAAUGAGUACAUCAAGACACUGGCCGACAUGAAGGUGACGCUGAAGGAGCUAUGCUGGCUGCUUCGGGAUGAACGCCGUGGUCUGACUGAGCUUCAGCAACAGUUUGCCAAGGCCAAGGCCACCUGGGAGACAGAGCGGGCAGAGCUCAAGAGCCAUACUGCCCUGAUGGAGCUGAAGGCUGGGAAGGGGGCUGGAGAUCGGAUAGGGCCCGACUGGAAGGCAGCCCUGCAGAGGGAACGGGAGGAACAGCAGCACCUCCUGGCUGAGUCCUACAGUGCAGUCAUGGAGCUGACACGGCAGCUGCAGAUCAGUGAGCACAACUGGGGCCAGGAGAAGCUGCAGCUGGUGGAGCGGCUUCAGGGUGAGAAGCAGCAGGUGGAGCAGCAGGUAAAGGAGCUGCAGAAUCGCCUGAGCCAGCUGCAGAAGGCUGCUGACCCUUGGGUCCUGAAGCACUCGGAUCUGGAGAAGCAGGACAACAGCUGGAAAGAGACACACAGUGAGAAGAUCCACAACAAGGAGGCUGUUUCUGAAGCUGAGCUUGGGGGAACCGGCUUAAAGAGGACCAAAUCUGUUUCCUCCAUGUCAGAGUUUGAAAGUCUGCUGGACUGUUCCCCGUACCUCGCAGGGGAAGCCGCCCGGGGCAAGAAGCUGCCCAACAGCCCUGCCUUUGCUUUUGUGGGCCCCCAGCCAGUGGACCCGGAGAAGGCUGCCCCGGAACAGCCAGGGCUCUCUCCACGUGACUGCAACCGCCUGGGUGCCCUGGGCUGCCAGGAGCCGGCAGGGAGGCAGAUGCAGCGCAGCUACACGGCUCCCGACAAGACGGGCAUCCGCGUCUACUAUAGCCCCCCGGUGGCCCGGCGCCUGGGCGUCCCCGUGGUCCAUGACAGGGAGGGCAAGAUCAUCAUCGAGCCCGGCUUCCUCUUCACCACAGCCAAGCCCAAAGAGUCCGCCGAGGAGGACGGGCUGGCGGAAAGCUCCUACAGCCGCUGGCUCUGCAACUUCUCCCGGCAGCGCCUGGACGGGGGUUCCGGGGGCGGCCCGUCAGCGGCCGGGCCCGGCUUCCCAGCGGCCCUGCAUGACUUUGAGAUGUCGGGCAACAUGAGCGACGACAUGAAGGAGAUCACCAACUGCGUGCGCCAGGCCAUGCGCUCGGGCUCGCUGGAGAGGAAGGUGAAGAGCACAUCCAGCCAGACGGUGGGCCUGGCCAGCGUGGGCACGCAGACAAUCCGCACGGUCAGCGUGGGCCUGCAGACCGACCCGCCCCGCAGCAGCCUGCACGGCAAGAGCUGGUCACCCCGCAGCUCUUCGCUGGUGUCCGUGCGCAGCAAGCAGAUCUCCUCCUCCCUGGACAAGGUGCACUCGCGCAUCGAGCGGCCGUGCUGCUCGCCCAAGUAUGGCUCGCCCAAGCUCCAGAGGCGGUCCGUGUCCAAGCUGGACGGGGCCAAGGACCGCAGCCUGUGGAACCUGCACCAGGGCAAGCAGAACGGCUCGGCCUGGGCCCGCUCCACCACCACGCGGGACAGCCCCGUGCUGAGGAACAUCAACGAUGGGCUGUCCAGCCUAUUCAGCGUGGUGGAACACUCGGGGAGCACCGAGUCCGUCUGGAAACUGGGCGUGUCCGAGGCCCGGGCCAAGCCCGAGCCUCCCAAAUAUGGCAUCGUGCAGGAGUUCUUCCGCAACGUGUGUGGCCGGGCGCCAAGCCCCACGUCCGUACCCGGGGAGGAGGGCGCCAAGAAGCUGGAGCCCAUCUCCCCCGCCAGCUACCACCAGCCGGAGGGCAUGGCCAGGAUUCUGAACAAGAAGGCGGCCAAGUCAGGCGGCAGCGAGGAGGCCAGGCUUUCCAUGCUCCCCCAGAUGGGGAAGGAUGGGGUCCCUCGUGAUGGAGAUGGAGCCACGGUCCUUCCCAAUGAGGAUGCCGUGUGUGACUGUAGCACCCAGUCUCUCGCCUCCUGCUUCGCCCGGCCAUCCCGCUCUGCCGUCCGCCACUCUCCUUCCAAGUGCAGGCUGCACCCUUCGGAGUGCGCCUGGGGUGGGGAGGAGAGGGCCGCCCCUCCCAGUGAGUGACAGAGCAGCCGAGCUCCCCACCUCAACCAGCCCAGUCCCUGGACAGCCAAAGGGAACCCGCGGAGAGGAGACGAGGUGAGGGGCCCGCGCCCCCUGCAUCUCUUGCCCAGGAGGGACAGCAGCUGCACCACCGCCGCAGAAGAGCUUUCCCAUCCAGGUAAAGCGGGGCCUCCUGCUGACUGCUGGGUGGCGAUCUCUGACUUCCCAGGGGAAGGCAGCGAGUGGGAGAAAGACCAAAGCUGGGCUUCAGAAGCAGCUCCAGAAAGAUCCCUUGGGAGCUGAUCCCUGGGUCAUAAGGGAGAACCUUGCCUGGUUCUAGCCACACCCACUUCUCAGAAGAGCCAAGGAAAGGAUACACUUCCGGCCAUGCCCCUCAGGGAAACGGGCUCACAGAGACAUUCCCUGCCAACCACAUCCCUCUUCACGGGGAGGAAACACCAAUGAGAAGAACAGCCUUUGCUCUAGGGCUCAACCUCGGGUUCUUGGUGGAGCUGAAAUGGGCAUCACGCCAUCCAUUUCUUCCCUCCACCGCCUCCUCCUCCCAGCCCUGCUGCUCUGGAUUGCUAUGGCUCUAGGGGAUAUGACAGGGCGGUAACCAGGGUCAAGUAUCUGCUUGGAAUCCUGGAGCCCUGGAUCUCCCUGCCCGUAGCUUGGGUGCAGCAAGGACUAGAAGACGAGGGGCUCAGGGCUGGAGAGCCACUGGAACUGCCUUUCUUGCCAAGGUGACUUGGGGGGCCCCAACCUUCCCAGGAGACUCCUUGAGGACAGAAAUAGGUAAAGUCCAUCUCAAGACCUGGUGCACAGAUAAAUAAAUGCCUAAUUGCCCACUGCCUUGAUCGCUGGGGUCUCUUUCCCUGGCACCCUGGAGGGGCACCGCAUCUCCACUGUGAUUACAUCCUGCAGCUGGUGGAGGGCAAAGACGUUCCCAGUAAGAGACUCCCAGAUGGCCAGGUCAGGCCAAGGAGCAUUCCGAGAGGCCAGUGCCCCAGGACGUGGCAAUAGACUGGGGCCUGGAAACAUAUUUCUUGCCUCGGGUGUUUAUUUGAAUUUUUCUUACUAUAAAUAUUUAAGGUGGUUUUACUUUAUUUUAAUAAUUUAACUUACCCCAAAGCCCCUAAGGUAAUUUAUUGGAGGUUGAUACAUGUACUCUCGCCACUGGGACAAUGCAAGGCUUUAACACGAUGGACAGGCGCAGGGUCCCCUGUGUGGGUGAGACAACUCAGCAGCCGAGCUCUGGGCUCCAGGUCAGCUUUGGAGGGCCCCCCAGCGAAGCUGGAGCCCUGCAGCCUGCUCCCCCAAAACUGCUGGCCCUUUGGCCUCAGAGCACCCCUUUACACUCAACACCCGGUACUUGCCCAGCCCCCAGACGUGAGUCUGUACAUGCUCACAGACAGGGUGAAGGGCUGGACCGCUUCCCAAACAUUUUCCAUUUUUUCUCAUCUUCCUCCCUCCCUCUGAAACCUUUUUUGUUUCGAUGAGUCAAACACGGAUGUCUAAGGCUUUAUCAAGAGCAUGGAGAUCUCUCCAAGUUCCCCAAGUGAGAACUCACAGGAAAACAGGACUGAACUUCAAGAAUGUUGUUUAUUGCAGCUUUGCACAUCCAUCUGAGAGUGUCUGCCAGCCUGCCUCAGUUCUCACCAGCCUGCCAGCUUUUUCACCAGCCUCUCUCCUUAGCCUUAUGGGCUCUCCCGGCUCGCCUCCCAGCCCCAACUCCACUGGCCACCCUUCCCCAUGUCCCAUGUGAGCUGCCUGAGCCAUCGGAUGGAUUGCACCGUGGCUCACUGCAGUGUGGUGAUGGGGGAGGGAUACUCAGAUGGCCUCCCCCUUGGUGCCAGUGAACCUGUUUUGUUUACACACAUCUGCCUGUAACGGGCUGGGGGCUCAGAGUGGAAACACCAGGAUAGAGUGGCUUAUCUGUGAAUUUGCCAUUAGGAAGACAAAAAGCCAGCAGCGUGGCCAAUUUGCCCCCAGGACUCAGGAGAUGCCUCUGCGCUCCCACCUACCAGCUGCCGGUCUUGCCCUUUCUGGGGCACCUGGACCAGUUACCCAAAUUCCUUCAUCGCCAUUCCCUAUCGGUAGAACUUGGGGUUACGUUGGUGCAAGCAGCCACUUCCUCAUGCCAUAGUGACCUGUGUGGGCAGAGCAGGCAGGCUGAUGGAGCCAUGGGCCAAUCCCCUCUAGGAAGCCACUGCUCCCACCCAAGAGGUCAGGGGGCCCCUCCGAGGUUAUCUCCAUGUGAGGGGAUUCACACAAGGCCACAAGCCACCAGAGGCCUCUGGCGUUUCCCAGAGCUGCAGAGGGCCAGGGAGGCUGUGCUUCUAGCCUUGGGGAGAAAUCCUCGUGAGACUUGAACCCUGCGGACCGCUCAGCCUUACCGUCGUUCUCAUCCAAGAUUGUCCUUGCAUUCUCAUUGUCUUAGAGCAUGGCCACCCAGACCUCAGCCAGUGUCCGAGACCCCAGAGCUUGGUUUUCAAUAAAGUCCCAGUUUCUGCUUCCUGCAUGCCACUGUGCAAGGUCACUCAUCACUGUUCCUACAGAAGCCUCUGGACGAGGGGCUUGAUGGGGUUGAAAAUGUUACGUGUAAAUAUUGGUUUGGUUUGAUUUUUAGCAUUUUAAUUAGUAACGGUUGUGUUUUCUUUUUUGGGGUGGGGGGUUGGUUUGUAAAAACUCUCUACUCUUUUGGAAUGUAAUUUCUGAGUUUGUUUCUUCAAAUGCCUUUUUAAGUCUUGGUAACAUUCCCAAAGCAGAAAACUGCCUGGCGCUCUGUGGGGACUCCCCUGGAGCAUUGGGUCCCAGGAAGGAACACUGCCCUUUCCCCCUUUCUUCCCCUUCCUGCUGCCCCUUACCUUUUCACUCCUAGCAGCUUCUUCUUCCUUCCCUUCCUCCUCCUCCUCUAGCCUUCUUUUUCCUUUCCCCAUCUCUAUUCUCUGCAGCCAAAGUCCCAAGGAACCCUGGGGUCCUAGUUCCCUACAGACCCCUGGGUUUGGAUCCAUUGUGUUGGCACCAGUUGGUUGAGGAGAAAUGGGAGACCAGUUGGCAUGGUUGACCCCAGACUGGACGAUCUUGUGUUUCUUAUGUCUGACUUCUUCCCAGAGCCAAAUUAAACCCUCCUGGGGGUAAUGAUGUCUGUAUUUGAAAUGAAAGUCAAACCACUUUGGCACAUCAGUGGUCCCUAGAUCCUGCAUGCACAAAGCAUCAGUAUCCAAGUCCCUGUCACCCUGGCAGCCCUUCCCCCCACCCUCCCCCCCGCUAAUUCUUUCCCCACCAAAGGCUGACCAAUUGUAAAAACUCUUCCAAGAGGUCUUGCUCAAAGUGGCCCCUCCCCUUGGUCCCCCCCAGGGACGCUCCUCUACCAGCUGCUCUCCCAGGUGACAAAGUUGAGGACCGAAGACUUGACCCUCUUAUACCCUAAUUGCCACAUGGCUCCCUCGUGCCUGCCCCCAUGCACCUUUCAUGGUUUCAUCACCCGGCCUGUUCUCCUCUUGCCCAUCCAACUGCCAGGCCCUUCCUCCCUCUCCUCUCCCGUCUGGAAUGUCCUCCCCACCCCAGCUUUGCCAGCCUUCCAGCCCCACCAGCAUCACCUUCCCCCGACCCCGUACACCCCCCCUAGAGCACAUUGCUAUUUAGAAAUUGCUUCCCCAUGCCACAUCUCCUUCAGACUCCUAAGGGCCAACUCUGGGAGGCAACCUUGGCAGGAUAGGGGUUAGUGCUCCCAUUUUACAGAUGACGAAACUGAAGUGCAGGUCUCAUCCCUGAGUCACCUAACUGGGAAGUCAUCAAGUUUAGACUAGAACCUGGGUCCACUGGAUCCCCCAGCCCAACACUGUCCUGCUUGCUGUGUCAACCCACUGCCCCACUGGAGGCUUUGUGUGGGUGUAGGACACCGAGAAUAUGCCACUGCCCAACCCAGACAUAAAACCAGUCCACUCUGAAUCACUGGACCGGUGUGUCCCAGAGGGUGGUGUGGGGACCCCCUGCAUCAGAAUUCUCUUAGGCAUGUCCAAAAUGCAGCUUCCUGGGACCCGCCUCAGCCUCUGGGCCAGGAAUCUGCGUAUCUGACAAAUUCCCAGGGAGAUCCUGAGUACCAGUGGCCACACAAUUGAUGUUCACAGCCCUGACCGUUAGGCCAUCUUUUUUUAACCAGAUAACCAUGAUGUUAUAUCUUAAAAAGAGCACUGAGCUGGUAAUCAGGGGGCCUGGUCCUCAAGCCAGCUCUGAUUUGGGUUAAUUAUGCUGAGAAUUUCCAAAAAGCACUGGAAGCAAUUUACAGUCUUAGUCAUAAGGAUCAGUAAGACAACAGAAAAAAAGUCAGGAACUUCCUUGGCGGUUCAGUGGUUAAGACUCUGUGCUUCCACGGAAGAGGUUACGGGUUCGAUCCCUGGUAGGGGAACUAAGAUCCUGAAUGCCUCACGGCGCAGCCAAAAAACAAAAAGUACAAAGAAAGUCAAAAAGCAAGAGGAAUUAUCAUUCCCCAAAUCUAUCUGACAUGAUUCCCAUAAUCCUGCAAUUAAAUUUUACUCUUGAGUUUCCUGGCAGCCACAGUAAAAAGGGAAGCACAUCACGGUAAAAAGGGAAGCAUGUCAUCAUCCAGUCAUGGGAUGUAACCAUAGUUGCCCCAGGAGACAAACUCUUCUGCUGCUAAUUUCGAGCAUGUGUCCUUCCUUCAAAGUCCACUAAGCCGGUUGCAGUGUGAACCUAAGAUGCAAGGAUGGUUUCUAUUUUUAAAAUAAUAAUAAACGGCCACCAACUUGAAUGGCCUUGGCCCCGGA